AUGGAGCUGCCGGAUUACCCCCCCAAGGUCGACAUCAAGACCCAGAUCUACGAGCCUCUCCCCAAAACGGCCAAAGCACUGUCGAGUUGGGAAACUCUCGAUGCCAGCGAGAUCGGCAGUAAUCUUGUGGCGGGUCUAUCGACAGCCCUCCAGCACGGGAAUCGCCUCGACGUGGAAGCCUUUUUCGCCAUCCGAUCCGCACACUGGAGAGAUACUCUAGCCUUGACGGCUCACCUCAGGACUUUUAGCGGAAGAGAAAAGAUAUCGUCGGCGUUGCUGGAGCUGUGCAUCCAACGCGGCGGCGCCGGUGGCUUUGAGUUUCACGGCGGACAGGUCGUGGCGGCGAACGAAGACUUGAAAUGGCUGGACUGCAGCUUCAGCUUCAGCACCAAGUCUCCGAGAGCGCUGUGCAAGGGGAAGCUGAUGCUGGUCCCCUCUGUCCGGGCAUCGGGAGACUGCGACUGGAAGAUUUGGUCCAUGACCACUUGGUUGGCCGAAUGGGAGGAUCACCCGGAGAACGAGGCCCUCUUGAGGCUUGCUUCGGCCCCAAUUACCGAAGACGACGACGGCACUAUCUCAACGGACGUGCUAGUGAUCGGGGGUGGUAACGCGGGCAUCCUUCUAGCAGGCCGUCUGAAGGCUCUGGACGUCGAUUAUGUGGUAGUCGACCGCAACGAGAAGGUGGGUGACAACUGGCUGCAGCGAUACGACUGCAUGAGGUUCCACGUCUACAAGUCCUUUUGCGAGACGCCAUAUAUCCCGUAUCCUCACUCCUCCAACGACGGCCUCACGCGAGACCAGCUCGGCGCACAGAUCCAGGCGUUUGCCAGAGAGUUCGACCUCGAACGCCGCGUCCUUCACUGCACAACAGUGACCGCCACGGCGUUCGACUCGACCACCAGAACCUGGAGCGUGGAGCUGAGGACGGGAGAGAGGCGCAGACGUCUGUCUUGCAGGUGCCUGGUCCUCGCCACCGGCGCCGGCUUCUCCGGGGCCGCCCCCCUGCCGGACCUCCCCGGCCGGGAGCUGUUCAGAGGCACCAGCAUGCAUUCCGUCGAGUUCCGCAACGCCAAGGAGAUCGUAGCAAAAGGCGCCAAGGUGAGUCUGUUCUUUCAGGUCUUUCGAGUCCUUCGGACGUGUUUGUUGAUUUACUCCCCCCCUCGCAAGUCUGCGGUUAUCAUCGGCUCCGCCAACACUGCGUUCGACGUGAUGGUGGACUGCCACGACGCCGGCCUCCAAACCACCAUGGUUCAGCGGUCGGAGACGUACGUCGUCCCAAUGACUUACUUUGCGCAUCCGCUGGGGCUCGGGGCCUACGACAUACUCCCGACAGAAGACGCCGACGCCCUUAUCAAUGGGGGUCCGUUGGCCAUCGGCGGGAGUCUGCUCGGGCUAGUUCACGCAACACAAGCUCAGGAAGAGCCGGACCGAUACGACGAGGUUCGCAAAGCGGGACUGAGAGUGCGGGACUCCCUGACAGGCGGCGACCUCCUCGUCAACCUGCUCGACCGUUGCGGCGGCCACUUCGUCGACAUGGGGAAGGGGAUCGACCUCAUCACGACGAAAAAGGUCGGCAUCCGCUCCGGCGUCGUGCCGAAAGCGUAUAUCCCCGAGGGUCUGCUGCUGUCGGACGGUAGCAAGCUGGAGACCGACGCCGUCAUCUGGUGCACCGGCUUCGGCCACGUGGACGGCCGGAAGAGCCUGCCGGACGUCCUCGGAGACGGGGCCGAAGCCAUCGCCGGCAGGCUGGAGCCGACGUGGGGGAUCGACGCCGAGGGUGAGACCCGCGGGCUCUGGAAGCGGCACCCGGGCGUGGACAACCUGUGGAUCUUCUCCGGGGGCACGGCGCAGCACAGGUGGUUCUCCAAGGUGAUUGCACAGCAGGUCAAAGGGGUGCUUGAGGGCAUACUGCCUGACGCGUACCGGCGGACGCCGGAGCCCGACGCCGCGAGGGACUGGGGGCACGGGGGCACAUGGGCGAAUUUGUAAGGUUUUCCGUGUAUUUGGAGGAAGACAAGAAGCUUAAGGGGGUGUUGGAACAAGUCUCAAAUCGCUGGGUAUGAACUUUCGCUGUCAGGUUCGAGUUCCGGCAUCUGGAGGCAGCGUCGUGCUCCAAGAUGCUGUCAGGCGGGAUGCAGACCAUGGUGUUGUUUGAGCGAUUGACUUGUUCCACAACACAAAUGAGAAUAUCAGAACCCGUUUCAAGGGAAGACUGGAGGUCUAUCAUGUAUGUUUAGCAGCGUUAUUCUGGUUCUUGAUGCGGGGUUAGACUCACACAGAUGCCUGUCAGAUGUGGCGAGUAUUGAAAUAC